AUGGCUCCCAACAAGACCCUCAUCUACAAGCAGAUUCCCAACGGGCUCCCCAAACCCGGCAAGGAUCUCGUCGUUGAGUCGCGCGACAUCGAUCUCGAGACUGCCCCCAAGGGCGGCUUGACCGUUCAGAUCCAGUAUGCCUCCUUCGACCCGUACCUGCGCGGCAAGAUGCGCGACCCCAAGAUCAAGUCCUACACCCCCGCCUUUGAGGCCAACACCCCCGUCGUCAACGCCACCGCCUCGCGCGUCCUCAAGAGCGACAACCCCAACUUCAAGGAGGGCGACAUCGUCGUGGGCGCGACCCCCAUCGCCGAGUACGCUCGCAUCGAGGACCCUGCCGCCGCCAUGGUCAAGAAGAUCAACAACGAGCACAACCUCGACCUCGGCAUCUUCCUCGGACCCCUGGGCAUGCCCGGCCUGACCGCCUGGUCCAGCCUGCACAAGAUUGGCCAGCCCAAGAAGGGCGAGACCAUCUUCGUCAGCUCUGCCGCCGGCGCCGUCGGCCAGGUCGUCGGCCAGGUCGCCAAGCGCGAGGGCCUCACCGUCAUUGGCUCCGUCGGCUCCGACGACAAGCUUGACUUUAUCACCAAGGAGCUCGGCUUCGACGCCGGCUUCAACUACAAGAAGGAGAAGCCUCUCGAUGCCCUGCGGAGGCUGGCCCCCAACGGCAUCGACAUUUACUACGAGAACGUCGGUGGCGAGCACCUCGAUGCUGCUCUUGAGGUCAUGAACCCCGGCGGCCGCAUCGUUGCCUGCGGAAUGAUUAGCGAGUACAAUGCGAAGCCCGAGGAGCGCUACGGCAUCAAGAACCUCAUGUACAUUGUCACCAAGCAGAUUCUGUUCCAGGGCUUCAUCGUCAGCAAGCCUGGCUUUGGCCCCGCCUACUACAAGGAGCACCAGGAGACGCUGUCCAAGUGGCUCGCUGACGGCAGCGUCAAGGCCAAGCUGGACGUCGUCGAGGGCAUCGACAACGCUGCCGAGGGGCUUGUUGGCAUGCUGGAGGGAAAGAACUUUGGCAAGGCCGUCUUGAAGAUUUAA